UGAGUCACACAAAACUUAACAGUAGUGAAUUAGUGGCGAUAUUUCAAGGAAUGCAAAUGUGUGAAAGCAUAUGACACGUGCGCGUCCGGGGAGCUCGACUUGACAGGCCAUGCAUUAUCGCCCUUGCAGAGUACAUAAAGUUGACGCAUUCUCUAGAAAGCCUUGACCUAAGUGACUGCGAAUUGAACACUGAGAUGUGUACCCGACUUGUCACCGCCAUUUGCUAAAACAGGACCAUACAGAGACUGUUGCUGUUGGACAAGAUAUCGGAGUCCAAGCUCGCAUAUUCGUUGAAGGCGCUGUUUGACGCCAUGAAGCUUAAAUACAAGAAGCUACAUGACCACUGUAUCGAAGUCAGAAAACAGACGUACAAGGAAGGCGUGGUCACGACAAUAGAUGUUGAGGGAAUCACAGAAACAGCGUUGGUGAACCAGUACAAAGUCCGGCUGGGGCGUGUCUACCCCUUCCCCUGGACUGACGGAGUGUACGGUACCGCAAGAGACGUCUAUACACCGCUUGAAAUUGUGGAUAGCAAAAGAUAUCCUCAACCGAGUUUCUUCCGCCACCAUGGAAAGACGGGAAGGGCAACAGGAUAGUACUGGAGGGCGAAAGCGGAAGUGGAAAGUCCCUGUUGUGCUCAUGGCUGGCCUACAUGUGGGCGACCACGCCCAACUAUUUCCGGAACACCUACCAGCACGUGCUAUUGCUCAAUAUGGCAGAACUUGAGGGCAAUUUUGAGACCGCUGUGUACAGGAGUCUAUUUCCGGACAAUUUUAAGAUUAGCGUUAACGAAUUUUGGAACAUGUUGGAAAGGAAUGCCCAGAAUGUGUUACUUGUCAUUGACGAUUAUGAUCGGGAAUGUGAAUAGAUAUUAGUGCUAUUCUCAGUGGAACACGGUUGAAAAAGAGUACUGUGAUAUUGACUGCAAGACCCAAUACGAAAAUGCCCAUAGGAUUUGCACCAGACCGGAAGUGGUUCAACUUAGGAUUUAGCGAAAGCAAUAUCAAAAGGUGCUUUAGGAACUGUGUAUCUCUGUCACAACUCGAGCACGACUGAUUUGAGAAACUGUACUAUCUUGCAUCCCGCGAGUCAUGGCUACUGCGACCACAUCUAUCAAACCCGAUGCUAGCAGUGAUGGCUUUUGCUGUGUUUAGCAUCUUGAAGAAAGGCACUAUGCUCCGAGAUAUGAAAACGACCUGUGAUAUUCUGGAGAAAUACGGAGUUGCCAUGGCAACGCAAUACUGCCGGAAACAGCAAAUCGACAUAGUCGGGUUUGAAUUUCCGGACGAAGUUCUUAGUGCAAUAGACUUGUUGGAUCAUUUUGCGUUCAAUUGUCUGAUGUCGGGGCGGCCAAGUUUUAAAGAAGAAGAAGUCGUUCAGUCGACUGGGGAACCAAUGGUUCUACAGUUUGGGGGCUUUAGAAGGUUUCAGCCGGGAACCACCUUGCGGUUCGCUUGUGGUAUUUCCAUGGAUUUCCUCGCGGCCCGCCAUAUCGCCGACAUUCCAUAUGAAGAUAUUGAGACUGUCGUUAUGAAGAAUAAGAUGUUCAAGUUUGCGAAAUAUUCGCAGUUGAUGUCUUUCCUUUGUGGCCAAUACCGUGACGACCCUAUGUGACCAACUGGCAGCUCGCAACGAAUAUUGCAUCCGAGGCUUCUAUCUCCCGACCCCGACGUUGGAGUCACCGGCGUCCAUGACAAGUGAGCAGCGACCGAAGGUUCCCCGUGGCGUGCUGGAGGACUUUGUUACGAGUCUCCAGUGUCUGUCCGAGUAUCCAGCCCGCGAAGACGCCGUUCAGACUAUCGCACAAUCCCUUCCGCAGAGGCUCAUUAUCAGACCGGAACGCAUGAUCGCCCUGAAGACGCUGCAAGGCCUUUGUCUCUGUAUGGACCACCCUGAAUGCACCAUUCAGGAGCUUGAACUUGAACUACAUCAGUACCACCACUUCCAACUUCCGGUUUUCCUGCAGCUCGCCGCCUACACCGGAAAAUGCCGCAACAUCCGGUCAAUCAAAUUCACGUGGUCGUCCUUGGACCUUAUGGCGAAGUAUCUCGAAGUCGUCAUGGGAAGCUGCGACCAUAUUGAAACAUUGUAUAUAACUGAGGAUCUGAAGGUGAAAUUUAACCAUCCAGUGUCCGCUGCGAGUUGGGCCGCCUUGAAGUCCGCGUGCAGCAAUACGACGUCACUUCAAAAGUUGGCGUUCGUAAAUUGUCACGUGACAGCUGUUGUGAAUCACUUGCUUCAGCACAUUCCAACGUCAAUCGAGCAAAUCAACUUCACUGGGUGUGCCUUCAACGUCAUGUGUGCGGGGCAGGUCGCGAAUCAACUACAUGGGAAUACAGCCAUUAUGGCUCUUGAUCUGAGUCACACAAAACUUAACAGUAGUGAAUUCGUGGCGAUAUUUCAAGGAAUGCAAAUGUGUGAAAGCACGUCCGGGGAGCUCGACUUGACAGGCCAUGCAUUAUCGCCCUUGCAGAGUACAUAAAGUUGACGCAUUCUCUAGAAAGCCUUGACCUAAGUGACUGCGAAUUGAACACUGAGAUGUGUACCCGACUUGUCACCGCCAUUCGCCAAAACAGGACCAUACAGAGACUGGUGUUUAACAACGCCAAACUGACGGCCGAAGGACGGCGUGUGAUUUCGAAAACCAAAACGAAAUUAAAGCAGGUUUCUGUUGAAGGCCUUCUAAGCAUUUUAUAGGGACAUUAUUACGCAUUUAUUAGGGUUUGCUUUUGUAAGGAAAUGUUGCAUGGAUUUGGAACUUUAUAUUAGGAACUAAGUCUCAUUUAUAAGGUAUAAAGUAAACAUUUAUUAGAGACCCAAAUAAGCAUUUAAAAUUGACUGAAAAUACGCAUUUACAAGGGGCUGCAUUUGUUAUGGCUUAUUGCAGUAUUUGGGAACUUACGUAUUAGGAACUAUAUCAAAUUUAUAAAGUAUUAAGUAAGCAUUUAAUAUAAGAAAAACACAUAAGCAUGUAUUACGGACUUAAAUGUGCACUUUAAGUUAAUUAUAUAUAUAUAUAUAAUAUAACUAGUAUGCAUUUGGGACUUUUUAACGAAAUAAUCAUGAUUUGAUAAAAUCAUGAGAUCUGAAGUUAAAAUAAGCUUGUAAAAAGCGACAACAUUUUGAUAGCUUAAACACCACACGGAAUGCCCCGUUCUAUUUUUAGUUUUUUUUCUAAAUAAAGAUAUUUUAGAUCUUAGCAUUUUUUUUAUUAUAUGUACCUUUUUGAUACGUCAUACAUUUUGCGUCGCAUAGGUAUUAUUUUAAAUUGAUUACCUUAACAAAUAAAGUCUGCGAGGAAUCGAUUUAUUAUACAUGAUUGUAACCAUUAAUAGCUUUAAAACAAAAGUUUCACAGACUUCGAUGUUGAAAUUUCAUUUAUUUUUUAUUGUUUUUUUUUCUGAAAUUGAUAUUAACCUUUUUCAUUUACAAAAUCCUACCUAAUUGAGGACUUAUCUUAUUUCAUUUUAAUAGCGGAAGUAUUAGAUAAGACAUACAUUUAUUCUUGUGCAUUCAAUGACCCGUAAUCAUGUUCUCAUUUUCGGCUUCCUUU